AUGAUUAAAUUAUAAAAUAAUAGAGCAAAAUAUUAGAUUCAGUAGUCAAUUAAGUUAUGUUUUUUAGGCUAAAUUGAAUAUUCCUUUUUUUAGUAGUAAGGAAUUGUCUCAAGUGUAAACAGGAGAAAAUAAUUUAAAAUUAUAAAUGGCAGCUAGAAACAUAGAUAGGCAUAAAAUCUUAUUUAGUUUUUAAUUAAAGCCUACUAAAACUUAAAUAACUUUUAUUCUAUCAAUUGUAGAUAAUUAUUUAAUUCUUAAAAUGACACUCAAUUAAGGAUAUUUGAUACAAAAUACAACAAAUAUUAACAUUUUCUGGUCGUAUUUAGAAUAUAGUUUACUUUCAAAAGAUUUGUCUUUUUAAGACUACUACAAAAUAGUUAAUAUCUUUGUGCUUAGAAAAUUAAUUAGUUGUUUGGAAUAUUGAUGAUAUAUUGA